AUGGAAGUGAAAAGUAAAAUAACUAACAAAUCUAGUUGGGUUUACCCUCUAUUCUGGAAGGGAUGGCGAACAGAGAGUCUAUCGUACGAACACUUAAGCCGAUGCUCUAAAGACGAUGAGGCGCUUGUAGUGGUUCAACAAUUGGAAAGCAAUUGGGACAUUGAACGCCGUAAGCGUAAUCCUAAAUUCUGG